AACGAGAACAUGACGGUCACUCAUGUAAGCUUUGUCCUUACCGAUUGUAUAUCCUAUGUAAGCUUUUUCACACUGGUCACUCGAGAACGAAGGUUAACAAAGAACAUGACGGUCACUCAUGAACGGGGGUUAUCGAAGCUCGCACCGGAUGCAUUAUCUCUCACUGAAUUUGAAUUGAUGGAGUUGUUGGAUGUUGGGAUGGCAGAAGUAGCAUCUGCAAUGGCGCAUAUUAGCGAAGUUGUGUGUCCACCUUGCCAAACUGCGUUACUUCUGAUGGAGCAGCGAGUACGAAACGAAAGCUUGGCUGGUCAUCUUCCCACUCGUUUGAAAGGGUUGGAUGAAGCUUUAUGCGGCGGUAUACCGUUUGGUGUUUUGACAGAAUUGGUUGGUCCACCAGGAAUUGGCAAAACACAGUUUUGCUUGAAGCUCUCAUUGUUGGCUUCGUUACCGGCAAAUUUUGGAGGCUUAGAUGGCCGAGUGAUAUAUAUUGACGUUGAAUCUAAAUUUAGUUCAAAAAGAUUGAUAGAGAUUGGAACAAAGAGUUUUCCUGAAAUAUUUCACAAGAAGGGAAUGGCACAGGAGAUGGCCGGUAGAAUCCUGAUCUUACGUCCUACAUCACUUUCUGAAUUUGCUGAGAGUUUGCACCGGAUCAAAGUAUCACUCCUCCAGCAACAAGUGAAAUUGCUCAUCAUUGAUAGCAUGGCUGCUCUUGUUUUAGGGAGCAACGUCCAAUUAGGAUGGUAAAUGUGAUGAGAAAUAGAAGGAGAGCAGAGGAUCUCAACUUAUGAAUUAAAUAAAACAGUUAGAGUAACAAAACAACUAGCCAACAAUGCUGGCUGCAGGUUCCCAACUAUUCUCCUAAUUCGGUGAAUGAAACCACUUGAUCAAGACCUUCAAUUCACCUGCAGAAUUUUCUUUAAGUCAACCAACUUACAAGUUGCACCUUCAACUUUUGUUUUAUUUUAUAGCAUUUUUUUCAGAGGUUUGGCCUGCUAAUUUGGGCUUAAAGCUUUCUUCAACAAGGAGAGUUGAAAAGCUGGGUGGUAGCUAAUGGCUUCAUUUUGUAAUGUAAAGCUGCAGCUUCAGAAAUAAUCAAUUACCUUCUGCUAUAUGGAGCAUUACCUUCUGCUAAGGUUCCUAUUCUGUUGUGAAUGAUGCACAUAUUUUUUAGAAAGCGCUUUUUAGAAAAGCUUACAUAGGAUAAAUUUUAAUCUAAGGGGGGGCUUAGACAGCGCUUUUUGAAAAGCGCUGUCUAAGGUAUACCUAAAAAAAUUAAAAUAGGAGGGUCUUAGAAAGCGCUUUUGGCCAAAGCGCUGUCUAAGGGGGUGGGGCUUAGACAGCGCUUUUCAAAAGCGCUG